AAAGGGUAUAAGACCGAGUCACUAGUCUCUCUUCCAUUCCAUGAAACUGUGACACGAUGAGUCCCUUGGGUAUCUCAGGUUUGGCUCAUUUGUUUGGCAUCUUAGCCUUCAUCCUCUUGCUCGUUUGGUUGUUGCAUUACCGUGAAGGAAUUGACUAUGAUUCAGACAAUGGAUUUCGCGUCUUCAAUGCUCACCCUUUAUUGAUGUACUCGUGCUUCAUUUUCCUUGCUGGAGAAGCUAUGAUGGUAUUCCAAACAAUACCAAGCGAAAGGAAAGUCAAGAAGUUUGUUCACAUGACACUGCAUUUGAUUGCUAUAGUUCUUGGCAUUGUUGGUUUGAAUGCCGUUUUCAAGUUCCAUGAUAUGCAAAACAUUCCCAACGUUUACAGCCUCCAUUCAUGGAUUGGCAUUGGCACCUUCUGCUUGUUUGCAUUGCAGUGGCUUUUUGGUUUCGUUGUGUUCAUGCUUCAAGGAGCUUCAGCUACAACAAGAGCUAAAGUGCUACCAUGGCACAAAGUUGGUGGUAGAGCACUGUUGUUCAUGGCAGUGUGUGCUGCUGAAACAGGAUUGAUGGAGAAGUCUAGUUUCUUAACAAAUUUAAAAUUGUUACACGAGAGAGAAUCCAAUUUAAUCAACUUCACGGGUCUUGCGAUUCUCUUGUUUGGAGUUUUUGUAAACUUUUCUGUUGGUUUCUCUUAGUUUGCCAUAAAAUUACUCUCAUUCGUGCACUUGAUUCCACAUCAUAAAUUGGAUUGAUUCCACUGUUUAUUGAUUUUGUAAUAAAUAAAUUAUUUGAUUCGUGGAAUGCUUUA